AUGGAUACGUCAAUUGGGCAGCCCGGUAAUGGAGGCGCGGCGAUCGCGUCGGCCGUGGUGACAACCACUAUUGCAUUUGCAUCAGUGGCAUUAAGGGUGUACACAAAAGUCAAGAUUUCUCGGGAGAGUCUCGGCGGCGAUGAUUGUUUACUCUUGGUCGCGCUUUUGUUCCCCUUUGGUAUGAUGGGGCUCACUAUCAAAGCCGCCGAAGAUGCUUUCGACAAGGGACUCAUUUAUAUGUCUAUUGUUGAACUCGAGGCGUAUCUCAAACUGAUGUUCGCGUCGGAGUUGAUGUACACGGCUGGCAUUGUAUUUUCUAAGUUGGCUUUGCUCAUGGCCUUCCUCCGAUUAUCGACGCGAAGAUGGCAUCGCGCCACUCUCUGGACUGUGUUUGCGUUCACGACCCAGUAUGGUCUGGCCUACGAGCUCUUGACUGUUUUGAGAUGCUUGCCGGUAGAAAACCACUGGGACCCUACACUAACAAACUCGGCAUGCUUAAGCACGCUCACCGUUUCGUUGCUUUUCACCGGUAUCAAUCUGGGAUUGGAUAUCGUCAUAGUGAUCCUCUCUAUUCCGUUGACCUGGGCUCCGAGGUUGCCCCCGAGGGAAGAGAUGCUGCUCUGUCCCACAUAUAUCCUAGGAGCAUUAGUCCUCACUGCUGCUGGCUAUCACGUAUCCGGUCUUUUUGAAUGGACCAGUUUUGGCAUGUCCUCUGCAGUAGUGAAGUCACAUUGGUCUUUCUUAGAGGUCAACGGCGCUAUCAUCUGCACCGCUGUCCUCGCUUUGAAGCCGUUUUUCAUGCGCUAUCUGCCGGCGGUGCUGGAUCCCGAAUACACACGGCAGAAGAACCUGGAGAGGAAAGCCGGCGAAGUCCCGGAACUAAACUCUAGCAAUGUGUAUGAAGCUGGUGGGAUGGAACACCCACAUGAACUGCCAGCAGAGCAUGAGCACGUACAUUGCCUGAGCGACGAUAGGGCGACCCGCUUGGGACCAGUUAUAUAUCAUCCACAGGGGCGUUAG